CCUGCGGCCGUCUCGUAGCCGACGCCUCGGCGCCGCGAGUCUCCCUGCGUCGUAUUGCCAUGGCUGCCCGAGGCGGCGUCUCCCCUGCCGGCGAGGGUCUGCGCUACGCCGAGUACUCGCCGCCGGCGACCAAACGGCCGGAGACGGACGUGGACCAGGGACUGGCAAGAAGUUUGAUCGCUGUAGGACUGGGUGUUGCGGCUCUUGCAUUUGCAGGUCGCUAUGUGUUUCAGAUCUGGAAGCCUCUAGAACAAGUAAUCACAGAAACAGCAAAGAAGAUUUCCACUCCUAGCCUUUCAUCCUACUAUAAAGGAGGAUUUGAACAGAAAAUGAGUAGGCGAGAAGCUAGUCUUAUUUUGGGUAUAAGCCCAUCUGCUGGCAAGGCCAAGAUUAGAACAGCUCAUAGGAGAAUUAUGAUUUUGAAUCACCCAGAUAAAGGUGGAUCUCCUUACUUAGCAACCAAAAUAAAUGAAGCAAAAGACUUAUUAGAAGCAACCACCAAACAUUGAUCGAUACUUAAGAAUCAUUCUGAAGGAAAAGAAGAGAGAAUAUAAAAAAAGUCCAAAUUAAUCUAAACCACGGUGUUCAUAAUUUUCAUACAUGUACUGACCACAAUCAUUUAUUCCACUAUUAAGGAGAUGCUGGGCCCGGCUGCCUCUCAGGACACAGUAUUGAUUGGUUCACUUCUAAGGGCUACUAUCAGAAACUGGAACUGUAGACACGUGGAUUUUCUUAGAAGCCCUUGGUGAAACUUGAGUUUUUACCCUUCAUACCAAAAUAAGCAAGGGGAAAAAAUAGAAAUGAGCCCAAUGAUACUUUAAAAUUGAUUUGUGUAUUUAUCUCGUAACAGAUACCAAAGAAAGUACCUAUUUCCUUGGUUUAUUUCUUUCUUGCCUCAGGUGUAUCCCUAGCAGCUUUUGGCCUGCUGCUGCUUAAAAAACUCUAAACAGAGACAUUGGUAUUCGAAAUGCUGAUGCAACAAAACCGUUACCCUGGGUAUUACUGAAUAUGUCUGCACAAAUGCCUGGAUUCCAUACUUAGUGUAAAUGACGGAUAGGCUACUGUUCUGUCGCCAACUUCUCGCUGAGGGGAGUACAAAUAGGCAUGCCCUGUGUUUCUUCUCUCUCGCCCUUCAUCAUCUGGCCAGUCCCACACAGACACCAUGCGGCGUAGUGGUCACUUCGUAAUUCUCUCCCAAGGCCAGUAGGACAGUGCACGCCAUAGUCACCUGGCCUGGAAGGGUCUCGUGUUGUCAUGAGACACCGUCCUGUGAUGUGUUUGCAGACAGGAAGGGGAAAGAGGACUGACAGUAUUGGGAUAACAUAACAUGAAGGGUGUGUCUACCAUAAAAUAUGAGCUUGAGUUUUGUUUUGUCAGAGAGGAAUAUGUUUUCCACAGCAGUCUGGUGAAUUAAGAACAAUAUACUGAGUCCUACAGGGAACAUGUUCUAUUUGACUCUGUUUAUAGGAUUUAUGUAUGGAACAUCAAUUUUCUGUACAGACAUAAUUGAGUACAUAUUACCAUGAUAUGAAAAACUGGAAGCAUACAUAUGGUUGUGUAGGCUGUUAAAUUUUAAGAAAUGUAACAAAGAGGAAAAUCAAACCUGAAAACGACGCAGCUAAUGAAAUUAUUAACUUGAAGUUUUUGCUCAAGAUAUAUGCGAAGUACACACAUUCUCUGUAGAAAUAC